AUGAGUCAGCAAGGUCUCAUGGUUUCCAGUCUGCCUUCUCCAAUUACGUACAAUAUUUGCCAAUGCCUUAGUUCCUUGGAAAUAGUCAACGCCUGUACUGCCAUUUCGAAGUGGAAGUGGAUUAUUUUCACUCCAAGAGUUCAGAAUUUACUUCGUCGCCAUAUGAAUCGAUCGGCCUGGUUAGAUAGACGACUAUGUGAACUCACCUUGAAGCAAACUUCAUUGUCAGCAGACUAUAUAUGCCAAAUGGUUCGCUAUCACUCCAUGCAAACCGAUUUGUUUGAUCGAAAUUUUUCAGAGUUUGCACCAGUAAUGACUAUGCAGACGUUCUAUUGUCUUAUUCUUGGGCCAGCGGUUGAUGCAAUUGGGUUUCUGGACAGUUUCUAUACCACCCUCAUUCGUUUAAUGGACACUAAUUCGAAAGGUAAACUGUUCUCCCAUCCAGUAGGCUGGACGGGUAAUGGAAUCUCAAUCCGCAUUCCUGUGGAGGGAAACACUACUUCAGGUGAUUUACUUAUCGAAGUCUCCACUUUGCAUGCACGAUUCAAGGCCGACCGUGAACGUCAGUCAAGCCGAGUGAAGGACAGUUUUAUUGUGACCUCUGGCCAUUUAACAAGACAGGCUAGUUCUAUGAUCGAGGUUAACGACUUCGUUUUCUACCUAGUGGAUGCUCCUCAGAGUCACACAAGCUGGGAUGAAAUCCGAUGCGAAUUGACAGCUAUUUCUCGAUCUCUUUCCUCCAAACAGACACUUGUGGUGAUUAGCGUGUGUGCAGCAUCCAGCGUUGAAGACAAGGAAUUUGACUGCGUGUCAGAAAUUGCCCGGAACCUUGGUGGUGCGGAUCGCGGUCCACUUGCGGCAGCUGCUACGAAUUGGCGAGUGUAG